AUGUCCUUCGUGGAGCUGCUGGCCCGCCUGGGGGGCAUGGGCCGUUUCCAGGUGACCUACGUGGCCGCGCUGGCCAUUCCCCUGCUCAUGCUGGCCAGCCACAACCUCCUGCAGAACUUCACGGCCGGUGUCCCCGAGCACCACUGCCGGCCCCGGCCCGUGGCCAACGCCAGCACGGCCACCGUGCCCUUGGCCGUGUCCAUCCCCUGGGAGGGGCAGCUCCGGCCCCAGCGCUGCCGGCGCUUCCUGGAGCCCCAGUGGCACCUCCUGGCCACCAACGGCUCGGCCAACGGCACGGCCGGCGAGGCGGCCACCGAGCCGUGCCACGACGGCUGGACCUACCUGGAUGGCAUCUUCAGGGACACCAUCGUCACCGAGUGGGACCUGGUGUGUGACUCGCAGAAGCUGAGGCAGGUGGCCCAGUCCAUCUACAUGGCCGGGAUCCUGCUGGGCUCCAGCCUCUUCGGGGUCCUGUCCGACAAGUUCGGGCGCCGGGCCCUGCUCACCUGGUGUUACCUGCAGCUGGGGGCGAUGGGGGUGGGCACGGCCGCCGCCCCCUCGCUCCUGGUUUACUGCGUGUGCCGCUUCCUGACCGGGCUGGCCAUGGCCGGGGUGUCCCUCAACUCCGCCUCGCUCUGCAUGGAGUGGAUCCCGACCGAGGCCCGGGCCGUGGUGGGCACCAUCAAUGGCUACUGCUACACCCUGGGCCAGUUCGUGCUGGCGGCCGCGGCCUUCGGGCUCCCGCACUGGCGGCAGCUGCAGCUCGCCGUGUCCCUGCCCUUCUUCGUCUUCUUCUUCUACUCCUGGCUGUACGUGGAGUCCGCGCGCUGGCAGGUGACCUCGGGCAGACCCGACCUGGCCCUGCGGGGGCUCCGCAAAGUCGCGCGGGUCAACGGCAGGAAGGAGGAGGGGGACAAACUCAGUGAGGAGGUGCUGCGGGCUCUGGUGCGCCGGGAGCCGCCGCUGCCGGGCGGGGCCGUGGCCGCGCUCGUCCGGACCCCCGGCAUGAGGACGGUGUCGUGCGGGGUCUCCUUCGUCUGGUUCUCCACCAGCUUCGCCUAUUAUGGGCUGGCCAUGGACCUGCAGGGCUUUGGGUUCAACGUUUACCUGAGCCAGCUGGUGUUUGGGGCCGUGGACAUCCCAGCCAAGCUCCUGUCCGUGCUCGUCAUCUCCUGCCUGGGCCGGCGCGUGGCCCAGGGCGGGUCCCUGGCACUCGCCGGGCUCUGCAUCCUCGCCAACAUCUUCGUGCCCAGCGAGCUGCCGGCGCUGCGCAUGGCCUUCGCCGUCAUCGGCAAGGGCGCCUUGGCCGCCUCCUUCAACUGCGCCUACAUCUUCUCUGGGGAGCUCUUCCCCACCGUCAUCAGGCAGACGGGGAUGGGCCUGGGGGGCACCAUGGCCCGCGUGGGGGGGAUGGUUGCCCCCCUGGUCCGGCUCACGGCCGAAGUGACCCCGGUGCUGCCGCUCGUCAUCUACGGCGCCGCCCCGAUCGUCUCGGCCAUCGCCACGGCCUUCCUGCCCGAGACCCGCAACGCCGCGCUACCCGAGACCGUCCAGGACGUCGAGCGGCGGAGGAGGAGGAGGAGGAGGAGGAAG